AGGAAGAAGAUAACCAUGGUCAUUAAUCCACUCAUUAAUCCACUCACUAACAGUAGCAUAAUCAUGGGAAGGCUGGCGCCAAUGCAACUGCUCGUGCUCUGCUUGAUCUCCGUGACGACGUGCGCCGCCGCGCACGGCCUCCGGCGAGGUCUAGACCAGCAAGGCAUGCGCGGCCGGAUCCUCGCCGACGCGACGGCGGCGCCGCCAGGAGGCGCGGUCGUGCCCCUGCACUGGUCCGGUGCUCACUACGUGGCGAACUUCACCAUCGGCACGCCGCCGCAGGCCGUGUCGGGGAUCGUCGACCUCUCCGGCGAGCUCGUCUGGACGCAGUGCGCGGCGUGCAGGAGCAGCGGGUGCUUCAAGCAGGAACUCCCCGUGUUCGACCCGUCCGCGUCGAACACCUACCGGGCGGAGCAGUGCGGCUCCCCGCUCUGCAAGUCCAUCCCGACGCGCAACUGCUCCGGCGACGGCGAGUGCGGCUACGAGGCGCCCUCCAUGUUCGGGGACACCUUCGGGAUCGCCAGCACCGACGCCAUCGCCAUAGGGAACGCCGAGGGGAGGCUCGCCUUUGGGUGCGUCGUGGCGAGCGACGGCAGCAUCGACGGCGCCAUGGACGGGCCUUCCGGGUUCGUCGGGCUGGGGAGGACGCCGUGGUCGCUCGUCGGCCAGUCGAACGUCACCGCCUUCUCCUACUGCCUGGCGCUGCACGGCCCCGGGAAGAAGAGCGCGCUGUUCCUCGGCGCCUCCGCGAAGCUCGCCGGCGCCGGCAAGAGCAACCCGCCGACACCGUUACUCGGCCAGCACGCGUCGAACACCUCCGACGAUGGCUCGGACCCCUACUACACGGUGCAGCUGGAAGGGAUCAAGGCCGGUGACGUGGCCGUCGCGGCGGCAUCCAGCGGCGGCGGCGCCAUCACCGUCCUGCAGCUCGAGACCUUCAGGCCGUUGAGCUACCUGCCCGACGCCGCGUACCAGGCGCUCGAGAAGGUUGUCACGGCCGCCCUCGGCUCGCCGUCGAUGGCGAACCCGCCGGAACCCUUCGACCUUUGCUUCCAGAAUGCGGCGGUCAGCGGCGUGCCGGACCUCGUGUUCACGUUCCAGGGCGGCGCCACAUUGACGGCGCAGCCGUCGAAGUAUCUUCUCGGCGACGGGAACGGGAACGGCACGGUGUGCUUGUCCAUCCUGAGCUCGACGCGGCUGGACUCGGCUGAUGAUGGCGUGAGCAUCCUGGGAAGCUUGCUGCAGGAGAACGUCCACUUCCUCUUCGACCUGGAGAAGGAGACGCUCUCCUUCGAACCUGCAGACUGCAGCUCACUCACCUAAUGGCUGCGAGAUUUGCUCCUGUUUCACGAAAAGUACUUCGAGGUACCAGUAUCUCACUGUACUAAAUCGUUUUCAAUCGUUGGAUCUAGUUGGACAGGAUGUGCAUUGUUAAAUCCAACGAUCGGAAACGAUUUGGUAUCGUGAAGUAUCAGUAUCUUAAGGUUCUUUUUAUUGGACCAGAGCAAAUAUCAAUGGCUGCUGCUUCUUCCUGGAAGCAUAUAUAUGGUGAUUGAUAUAUGUACACAUGUAUGCAGUGAGGUGUGUGUGUGUUUGUGAUUAUUGCCAGAAUAAACGCAGCUAUAGACGGCAUGUGCUGCGGUA